GCCCAUUGUGCCCACCCUCAUACCACGUGGCAUUCCUAGCGCUAAUUGGGCAAUUCCACUAGCUCGUUUAUCAGGAGUUGACGGUUGAUUGGCUACUCUGAGGGAGGGCUUGAGGGGGGCGUGGCCAGCCGAGACCCCGCCUCCGGCCCCCCUGCUGGGCCGGGCAGGCGUUUCAGUCUCUCGCGGCCCGGGAGCUCAGCAGCGCUACCAGUUGCCUUCUUGGUUUCUCUGGUCGGAUUGUCCUCCUGGCCCCGCCAAACAGGCGGGGGGAGCGGCCCCGACUGUGGGGCCAUGGCAGUAGCCUCCUCGUUCUCCGCCGCCGCUAGCUCCGCUGAGUCGCCGGCUUCUGCGCGAGGGACUCCCACCGCCUCCGCAGGCUAAGGAGCCGCUGCCACCACCGAGCUGUGAGGGUUACUAUGCUCCCUCUUUGCCGCCGCCUCCCCCUCCUGCCCGAGCAGGCACCCCUCUGGCUGCUCAGUCCUGCCUCAGUGUCAAACCAGAAGAGAAGUAAAAUUCAGCAAAAAUUUAUAUGUGGAGUUCCUUCUUAAAAGAAGAAAAAGGUGAUUAUUGAGACUAUGGAUCGGAGCAAACGGAAUUCAAUUGCGGGAUUUCCUCCACGUGUAGAGCGUCUUGAAGAGUUUGAAGGAGGUGGUGGAGGAGAUGGAAAUGUGAGCCAGGUCGGAAGAGUUUGGCCAUCUUCAUAUAGAGCUCUUAUAAGUGCCUUUUCCAGACUGACGCGUUUGGAUGAUUUCACCUGUGAAAAAAUAGGGUCUGGCUUCUUUUCUGAAGUGUUCAAGGUACGACACCGAGCUUCUGGUCAGGUGAUGGCUCUUAAGAUGAACACGUUGAGUAGUAACCGGGCAAACAUGCUGAAAGAAGUACAGCUCAUGAAUAGACUCUCACAUCCCAACAUCCUCAGGUUCAUGGGUGUGUGUGUUCAUCAAGGACAACUGCAUGCACUUACAGAGUAUAUCAACUCCGGGAACCUGGAACAGUUGCUAGACAGUAACCUGCAUUUGCCUUGGACUGUGAGGGUAAAACUGGCCUAUGACAUAGCAGUGGGCCUCAGCUACCUUCACUUCAAAGGCAUUUUUCAUCGGGACCUCACAUCUAAGAACUGCCUGAUAAAGAGGGAUGAGAAUGGUUACUCUGCAGUGGUAGCUGACUUUGGCCUGGCUGAGAAGAUCCCCGAUGUCAGCAUGGGGAGUGAGAAGCUGGCCGUGGUGGGUUCCCCAUUCUGGAUGGCACCUGAGGUUCUCCGAGGUGAGCCCUAUAAUGAGAAGGCGGAUGUGUUCUCUUAUGGUAUCAUCCUCUGUGAAAUCAUCGCCCGCAUCCAGGCCGAUCCGGACUACCUUCCCCGCACAGAGAAUUUCGGGCUGGACUAUGACGCUUUCCAGCACAUGGUGGGAGACUGUCCCCCAGAUUUUCUGCAGCUCACCUUCAACUGCUGUAAUAUGGACCCCAAACUGCGCCCAUCCUUUGUGGAGAUUGGGAAGACCCUGGAGGAAAUUCUAAGCCGCCUACAGGAAGAAGAUCAGGAGAGGGAUAGGAAGCUGCAGCCCACAGCCAAGGGACUCUUGGAGAAAACACCUGGGGUGAAGCGACUAAGCUCACUGGAUGACAAGAUCCCCCACAAGUCACCAUGCCCGAGACGUACCAUCUGGCUGUCUCGAAGCCAGUCAGACAUCUUUUCCCGAAAGCCCCCACGUACAGUGAGCGUCUUGGACCCAUACUACCGUCCACGAGAUGGUGUUGCCCGCACCCCCAAAGUCAACCCUUUUAGUGCUCGCCAGGACCUCAAGGGGGGCAAGAUCAAGUUUUUUGACCUGCCCAGCAAGUCUGUCAUCUCUCUGGUAUUUGACUUGGAUGCACCAGGGCCCGGAACUAUGCCCCUGGCUGACUGGCAGGAGCCCCUGGCCCCACCUAUUCGCCGGUGGCGUUCCUUGCCUGGUUCACCUGAGUUCUUGCAUCAAGAGGCUUGUCCAUUUGUGGACCGGGAAGAAUCGCUAUCUGAUGGGCCCCCACCACGCCUAAGUAGUCUCAAGUACAGAGUAAAAGAGAUCCCACCAUUCCGGGCAUCUGCCCUACCAGCUGCUCAAGCCCAUGAGGCUAUGGACUGCUCCAGUCUCCAGGAAGAAAACGGUUUUGGGUCCAGGCCCCAGGGGACCAGUCCACACCCUGCAGGUGCUUCUGAGGAGAUGGAGGUAGAAGAAGAAAGGCCAGCAGGCUCAACUACAGCUACCUUCUCCACCUCAGGCAUAGGCCUGCAGACCCAGGGAAAGCAGGAUGGGUGAGGGGAGUUUAGUCCCUGUCUCACCUUGGGGAUGGACUUUCAACUGAAACCAUAUGGCCCCGCAAGUGCACAGCCUUGACUCUUCCCUGGAGCCCACAGAGUAGGCAGGCUAGGCCAAGCCAGGCUCAACUUCUGGGCUCCCAGUGCCCAUUGGCUGUGUAUGAUGGGGAGGCAGCAGUGAGAGGCCUUCCUAGUUAGGGCCAACAGCUGAUACCAAGCCUCUGAAAUCCAGCAAGGAGGUCUGCCUCCCACCAGACCUCCCAGUGCACUUCCCUAGGCAGGACCAGAGGAUGUCUAGUUCUAGGCUGGGCUGGCAGGUAGCUAUUACCCAGGUUCUUUCCCCACCCCAGGUCUGUCUCUUGUCCUUUCUUGGGGCAUAUAAGCUACUGAGUGGAAUAUGGAGCUUACCAGGAGGCCAUAAUGGGCAUGGCUGUUUCCCAGACCUGAAGAUUGGGGUGCUUCUUGCCAGUAUGUCUAAGACACUUGAGUAAUUGCUGUUUGCACUGACUGCAUGGUCAGACCACGUCACUACAUUUCUAUGUAAGGGGAGGGCAAGGCAGCGUGGUGGUCAUGGCUCUUAGCUAACCUAUUCAAAGACCUUUUCCAGUUGAUUAAUCUAUUUUCGUAUUUAUAAAGAAGUCUUAAUGUUCUGCCCCGUAAGACUUUCAACCUUGUGGUUGGGAGUGGGGCUGGUUUUGUAGGCCCUAGGGCCUGCUUCUAUGUAUUUGUCAACAUGUGAUACAUUCAAUUGGUUAAAUGGUUUAUACAUGGACUGAUUUUCUUCCCUUCCUGCUAUGGCUGGAGAUUUGGGAACAGUCUUUCCUUACAGAGCUGCAAUAAGAAAUAACCAAAGAUGAAGCUGGUCAAAUAUUUUCAUAACUUGCUUCUGUUGAUUUUUUUUUUUUUUUUUUUUUUUUUGCAAACUUUCCCAAAACAUUUUCAGACUUAAAAAUAAAGUUGGUGUUACAG